UCCACACAAAAAAUUCUUGUCACUUGUAUUGCAACUUCUAUUUCUCUCUCUCUCUCUCUCUCUCAAAACCUUGUACAAUUUUGAUCAAAGUAGUGCUCCAAUGGCCAGGCCUGGCAACAAGAUCAUACAAGCCAAACUGGUGCUUCUGGGGGACAUGGGAACUGGGAAAACCAGUUUGGUGUUAAGAUUUGUCAAGGGCCAGUUUUUCGAUAACCAGGAACCAACCAUUGGAGCAGCUUUUUUCACUCAGAUACUGUCUUUAAGCGAAGCCACUGUGAAGUUUGACAUAUGGGACACCGCAGGACAAGAACGAUACCAUAGCUUGGCUCCUAUGUACUAUCGUGGUGCAGCAGCAGCAGUAGUCGCGUACGACAUCUCAAGCGCGGAUACAUUUACUCGAGCCAAAAAAUGGGUUCAAGAAUUGCAGAGGCAAGGGAAUUUAAACUUGGUGAUGGCAUUGGUUGGAAAUAAGUGCGACUUGGAGGCGAAAAGGGAGGUCGAGAGUGAGGAAGGGGAGCAAUUUGCUCAAGAGAAUGGGAUGUUUUUCUUGGAAACAUCAGCCAAAACCGCACAGAACAUCAACGAGCUUUUCCAUGAAAUAGCAAAGAGAUUAGCAAGAGCUUGCCCCCCAAGGCCUGCCGGAGUGAACCUAAACAGCGUAACACGAGACAGAAGAAGAAAGGUAUUUUGCUGCUUGGGAUAACUUGACAACAUUUUUUGAGAAAUCCCAUUUUUCUUGUUGCUCCCUCGGAGAUUGUUUUCUUCAAAGGGCAAGUCGGAGUCUCAACAAAUUGCUCACAGGAAUCAAACAUGUUACUGAUUGAAAAAUACAUUUGUACAUAAAAUUCGUACACGUUCUGCAGAAUACCAACGUUUGCCUUGACAAUCGUAUUCGUAUGUGACCAAUGUUCAACGAAAGCGUAUGAAGCGUAGGGUGUAAGUUGUGCCCUAGACAUUAUAAAACUUUGGUUGGAUGGAUCAGCUCAUUUGUAACUGUAAAGGCAGUUCUCAUUCUUUUCCA